CUCACACGUCCCUCAUCUAACAUAGCACGGUUGUAUCCUCUGCCUGUUUGUUCUAUUUAAGGUUAUGGGCUCUCAAUAUUUCCCAGCACGCUCUGUGCUUUUCCAGAAGGAGUCAAGUGGAGUUACGUUUCGUGUGCCUGCUUUGAUCUAUCUGCCUCACUGCAGUCGUUUUCUGGCAUUCUGUGAGGAGCGACUGACUCCUGCGGACAAUCAGGCACAUCUGCUGGUCAUGCGCAAAGGAACUUUUCAGAAAAACUAUGUAGAGUGGAAGGACAUGCAGGUGUUGAGCACGGCUCAACUGCUAGGCCAUCGUUCAAUGAACCCUUGCCCUGUUUAUGAUGAGUUCACAAACACAGUUUUCCUGUUUUUCAUUGCUGUUUUGGGUCACACCUCUGAGUCUUACCAGUUAAUUACAGGCAAGAAUGUGACCCGCCUUUGCUUUGUGUCCAGCAAUGACCAAGGGGACACCUGGAGCCCUGUCACAGACCUUACUAAGAUGGUUCUAGGAGAUAACAUUAAAGAUUGGGCUACUUUUGCUGUGGGCCCAGGUCAUGGAACCCAGUUAAAAUCUGGACGGCUAAUAAUCCCUGCCUACGCAUACCAUAUAGACUGCAGAAACUGCUUUGGCAGGAAGUGCAAAACUUCAGCACACUCAUUCUGUUUCUAUAGUGACACGCAUGGAAAGGUGUGGCAUUUUGGGGAAGCGUUGUCAGCUCCAGAGAGUGUGGAAUGUCAAAUGGUGUCAGUCGAUGAAGAAGAUGGAGUCAAUGUUUUGUACUGUAAUGCUCGGAGUACGUCAGGUUGCCGAGUACAGGCCAUAAGCUUUAAUAAUGGUGCUGUUUUUCAUGACGGCCAGCUGGUGCAGAAACUAGUGGAGCCCAGGAAUGGAUGUCAUGGCAGCGUUAUAGGAUUUCCAGCCCCCUUCUUCCAGCUUGGGCAAUCCCAGCACUUACUGAGACAGCUGAUGUCCAUUGCCACCCCACAGGCAGACAGCAUAUGCCUAGGUUCAAAAUCUCCAAAGAACUUCCUCCAAUCGACAUGGGUGAUUUAUACACACCCAACUUGCUCGAAUUCUCGACGUGAUCUGGGCGUUUACCUCAGUCUUCUGCCACGAGACCCAGACAGCUGGUCAGCACCUUGGAUCAUAUAUGAUGGGCCCAGUGCUUAUUCAGACCUGGCAUACAUUGAGCUGAUGUCUGUUGAUGGUUCAGGAGUCCCUGUCUUUGCUUGCCUUUUUGAGAAUGGCACAAGAACAGCUUAUGAAGAGAUUUCUUUCAGCAUCUUCUCAUUGUAUGAGCUGAUCCACCACCUACCUCACAACAACCAAAGGAGAAGAGACCUUGUGAAAAGGAAAAUGUGGAAGUGCUGCUCUGUCUCCUGA